AUGGCCUACGUGGCUCAAGGCAGAGGACGAUCCAAAUCUCUGCCACAGUGUUAUAAUUGCAAGGAAAUUCAACACAUUGCAAAACAUUACAAGAAGAAAUUCUGCAAUUAUUGCAAGAAGGUGGGUCAUAUCAUUAGGGAUUGUCUAGUACGUCCUCAGAAUCGAUCCGUUCCUGCUUUUCAUACUGUUGUUCAGUCCACUUUUGUGCCUUCAUCUUCCACACAGCUCGUUGUUCAGGUUUCUUCUUCCAACAUUACUCCCGAGCAGUUUCAACAGAUGAUUAUUUCAGCCAUUUUUGCUCUUGCUUUACAUUAUGUUUGUAAGUAUGAUGGUAAGCAACAUAUUCAGAUCGCCGAUGGUAGCACAGUUGGAAGUUUGGGAUCGUCCUUUACUAAUGUUUUUAUGUCUCUUGAUUUAUCUGCCAAUCUCAUUUCGGGAAGUCGUGCUUCUACCUAUUUUGAAAUUAUUCAUUCUGAUGUUUGGGGUAAAAGUCUUGUUAUUCUCAUGCUCAAUACAGGUCUUGUGUAUCAGCGAAGUCGCCCACUGCCUCUUCCUUCCUUUGAACCGCCACUUGAUCCUGUUGUUCAAGCGCCCUGCCGGUCUACUAGGGUUUCCCAGCCCCCAGAUUGGUAUGGUUUUUCUUCUGCUCUUCAUGCUACCCUUUAUACUACUUCUGUCUACCCUAUCAAGCUACAAGCUGAUGGCUCUGUCGACAGACAUAAAGCUCGUCUAGUGGCACUUAGGAAUUGGCAGGAGUAUGGGCUUGAUUAUGAGGAAACAUUCGCUCCGGUGGCCAAAAUGACUAUCGUCCGCACUGUUAUGGCCAUUGCUCUUUUGAAAGGUUGGUCGCUUCGCCAGAUGGAUGUGAAGAAUGCAUUUUUACAUGGUGAUCCAAAGGAAGAAAUAUUUAUGUCUACUCCUCUUGGCUUGUUUCCAACCUCUUCUGUUGAGAGUCAGUAUGACUCCUCUAUAUUCUUUAGCAAGACUGCCCUUGGGAUUGUUAUCCUUCUUGUGUAUGUCGAUGAUAUUGCGAUUACAGAAUCUAAUCUCCAGUUAAUUGAGCAACUCCAACAACGCCUCAAAUCUUCGUUUCAUCGUUUCAUAUGA